UCGCAUUGGUUAGUGCUAGUUAGUAGUCAUACCUAGCAACUAUUAGUGAUAGUUAAUAGGCUAUCCCACAAUGGACGGCUCUCAGGCAAUAACUACCACCACCGCAGGCAGCGGUACUGCUGGUGCUAGUAGCAGGAGUGGUUCCGCGCCAGCGAAGAAACCCGCGCCUAAGCGCUACGUGCGCUCGCAGAUCCCGAGGGAGAUCUCGGAAGAUCCCGCGCUGCUCGCUGCCACGUCAGUUCUGCCGCCCAAUUACAACCUCGAGGUUCCCAAGACCGUCUGGCGCGUGCGACAAGCGAAAGCGCGCUGCGUGGCUCUACAACUCCCAGAGGGGCUCCAGAUGUUCGCGACGACGCUAUGUGACAUUAUCGAGCGGUUCGGCGGCGCGGAGAGCUGCGUGAUUUUAGGCGACGUGACGUACGGCGCGUGCUGCAUUGACGACGUUACCGCGGCUGCUCUUGGCGCGGAUUUUCUGGUGCAUUACGGGCAUAGCUGCCUCGUACCGUUAGAUCACACCGCGAUUCCAUGUCUUUACGUGUUCGUGGAUAUCACGAUCGACGUGCCACACUUUAUCGACACCCUGAAGCUCAAUUUUCCGAAAACGGACCACCUUGUACUCGCUGGCACCAUCCAGUUCACUGCAGCGGUGCAUGCAGCCAGGGCGGCCCUGUCAGACCAUUUCAGAGCCAUCACUGUCCCACAGGCCAAGCCGCUGUCCGGGGGAGAGGUGCUCGGAUGCACGGCUCCCAGCCUGCUGCCCCUGGGGGAAUAUGCGGUGAUCCACAAGGGGAGUGAGCUUCUGGGAGCGGACCACAAGGCAAGAGGUGCAGCACAAGGGGCAGCAGCAGGGGCAGCACCAGCAGGAGCAGGAGCAGGAGAAGCAGUAGUGGUUUCAACAGCAGGAGAAGGCAAUGGUGCUGUGCAAGCAGCAGGGGCAGCAGCAGCAGUAGCAGUGGGAGGAGCAGCAGCGGCUCCAGCAACAGCGGCAGCAGCGGGAGCAGCAGCAGCAGCAGCAGCAGGAGGGAACCGUCCAGAUGCGCUCGUGUUCGUCUCGGACGGCCGCUUCCACCUCGAAGCAAUGAUGAUCGCAAACCCCUCCCUCCCAGCCUACCGCUACGACCCCUAUGCCCGCUCCCUCACUCGCGAGCGCUACGACCAUUCCGGCAUGCGGGCAGCGCGGCAGCUGGCGGUUACCCGGGCAAGCCGGGUGCGGGGGAAGCGGUGGGGCGUUGUGCAGGGUACCCUCGGGCACCAGGGUAACCCACGCACUGUAGACCACUGCGUGAGGAGGAUCCGCGCUGCGGGCGGCACACCGGUGGUGUUUCUUGUCUCGGAGCUAACUCCGGAAAAGGUGGCGGCGGUGGGGGUGGGGUCUGGCGGGAUGGCUAGGCCGAGUGAAGACGAAUCAGCAAGUGGUGAUGUGGCAGGAGCAACCGCUGACCUGGCGAAGGCCACAGGUGGCGAUGAAGUCAGGACCACUGAUACAGAUUGCGUGGUGAGGGAGUUGGGCGGGCUUUCACUUGCGGGUGCAGGUGCGAGGGGCAUAGACGCGUGGGUGCAGGUGGCGUGUCCGCGUCUCUCCAUAGACUGGGGUGAGGCGUUUGCAGCCCCCAUGCUCACCCCCUACGAGCUCGAGGUUGCUCUGGGGUUCGCCCCUCCCUGGUGGGGCGGGUGCUUCUGUGACUCUAUCCAAGGUGAUUCUAUUGAGUAUGGUUCCAGCGAAGGUGAUCGGCAUGAUGACUCGAAGGAGCAACAACAGUGCAAGCGAUGUGGAGCUUGUAAAGGGGAUAAGGAGAGGGUGUACCCCAUGGAUCACUAUGCCAGGGACGGCGGCCCUUGGAAUGCUUCGUAUAUGCCUAAGAGAGCUGCUAGGUGAACAGAAGACUUGCUUGUAUUGUAUGGCAUAUGCUACCAGCUUAUAAUGGGGAUCCAAAUUAGUGUACCUGAUGGAUCACUCACCAUGCCAGGGAUGGCAGCCCUUGGAAUGCUCCUACACGCCUAGAAGAGCUGCUAGGUGACCUGUAUCUCAUGGUCAUGGACCUUUUGUUACAGCUUGUAAGGGGGAUAAGGAAUGGGUGUACCAGAUGCAUCUCUGUAUGCAUAGUGAGAUUUUGGAUCGCUCUCU